AACCUGAGCCUCUCCGUCACUCAGGCCCGCGCCUCAACCCUGUAAAAGAAGCCCAAAGAGGACAAGGACGAGGGUUUUAGAGCCCAUCGAUGGCGACGGCGGCUGGCGGCGCGCGGCGAGCCCUCGCGGGGCUGCGCUCCGCUUCCCCAUCUACUCUUUCCAGAGCGUUUCCCCGCACGGCUAUGGCUCAGUCUCCGGAGCUGGCGGCCCCUGCUCUGCCGCGUGCCUCGCGCCGGCGCCUCGCGAUCUCGAGGGUCCCGGUGGCGGCGCUAGGCGGCGUGCAGGGUCUGAUGCCGUUGCACAGCGCGACGGCGUCGGCACUGCUCACCUCCAUGCUCGGGCUUAAACCCGGUUCUUGGGGUUGGCUCUCCGAAGGGUUUGCGACAACUCUAUAAUAAAUAUGGGAUUUGGGUCACCGUCCAAGAGGCUUAUCAGUUUAGCCUUUCCUGGCCAAGUCCAAUAACGCUAGCUACAUGCCCUGCGGAACCCUUGGAUUUUUGCUGAAGGAAUUUGCACUAAAGUUUCCACUCAUUAAAUCUUAUGAUGGCUCGUGUGCCAGUUAUCUUUGUCAGUGACGAUGUUCAUGGAAAUUUGCCGUACCCGUACCAUGUGAUGUCAGUUUCUGUUAAUUUGAUGACAUAUACAAUUUGUCACCGUGAGUGUACUAUUGAGUUAUAGAUACAAAAUGAUGACCACGCAUCAUUUCAACUGGUAUAAACUGGGUUUCUGCAAAGUUUA